UGUUGUUUGAGAGAAAGUCCUGAGUAUAUUAUUUUUAGAGAGAGGAAAGGAAGAGGUUUUCAUUUUAUUGGGAAAGAGCAAGCAGAGCUGAAAGAUUAGGUUUGGGGAACUAAUCCUAUAUGUACAAUUGCUUGUUCCUCUGCUGAAGAACAAGCCCUGAAGAAGAAGGGCAAGGGCGGGGGAGGCGACGACCAUGUUACAAGUGUGAUAACAAGGACAGUGAGCCGUGGGAAAAAGUUGAACAGGUGACAAAUCCCCAAUUUUCCCUGAAAUCUUUUAGCUUGAGAUGUAAUGUCUUGGGAAGCCCCUAAAUGAAGCCUCUGAAUCACCCACUGUUCGACAAUCACCCGCCAUUGGUAGUGGACCUAAAACCCCGACUCCCUCUGCAAGUAACUAGUCACUCACUCAAAGUCCAUGACUUCUCUCAAUUUAGUUCUCUCAACUUGCCUUCUCUCAACUUACCAUAUGACUUUUCCCCAUGACUUUUCCCCGUGCUUCUACUUCAGCAACAAACUUUUCUCUGUCUAUCCUUGAAAAACCAACAAAAAAACUCAUCUGCCCAACGUUAUUUUCUCUCUCAACCUCUGAUCAACCAUCAGAGGAGUUCUCUUCGCCACCCACCCUUUCUCUCUCUCUUCCUGAUAAAUCCCCCCUGAGCUCACAUUCAUUAAUUUCUCUCUCUUCCCCCAAUGAACUACCCAAAAAACCCAAUUCACCAAACCAUCUUUCUCCCUCUCCCCUUUGCAAAAACCCCCAUUCACCAAACCCCAUUUCUCCCACUCCACCUGAUAAAAUACUUAGAGAAACAGCUUAUCCGAACCCAUUCUAUCUCUGCACUCUCCUCAAAAAAUGCACCACCUUCAAAGCCCUACAGCAAAUUCAUGGUCACCUCUUCAGAAAUCAUUUACAUCAGAGCAACUUCUAUGCCACAUUGCUCGUUGGUUACUGCUCUUCUAUUCGAAGGGCUCAAUAUGCAAAGCUCGUUUUUUACCAGGUUUCGUACCCUAAUAUUUAUCUAUGGAACUCUAUCAUCAAAGCUUACUGUGAGUCUUGCUCUCUCAAGGAGACCAUCUUCUUGUACACACAAUUACAGCGAAGCAACACCAAACCUGAUAACUAUACCUUUCCCUCUCUUCUUAAGGCUUGUGCUAACGAACCAUCUCUUCAGAUUGGAGAGAUUAUUCACUCUACAAUAGUGAAGAGAGGAAUUGAAUCGGAUUUGUUUGUUCAAACUGGUUUGAUUGAUAUAUACGGUAAAUGUUUUAAUAUGCAGUGUGCAUGUAAAGUGUUUGACAAAAUGACUACGAAAAGCAUAGUUUCUUGGACUGCCAUGAUUGUUGGGUACUCAAGCUCUGGUAACAUGGUCAUGGCUCGAAAUUUGUUCGAUCAAAUGCCUGAGAGAAAUUUGGUUUCGUAUAAUGCCAUUAUUUCGGGUUAUGUGAAAUCAGGUGAUUUAUCAAAUGCUUGUGAAUUGUUCAAUGAGAUGCCAGAGAAAAACAUGGUUUCUUUCACUACAAUGAUUGAUGGCUAUUCUAAAAGUGGCGAUAUGCCCUCAGCGAGGUUUCUCUUUGACCAAUUGGCUCAACGAGACGUGUUCCUAUGGUCUGCUCUUAUAUCUGGUUAUGCUCAAAAUGGUCAGCCUAAUGAGGCUGUAAAACUCUUUGUCGAGAUGCAAACAAAAAGUGAGAAACCUGAUGAACACAUAAUGGUGAGUGUCAUGUCCGCUUGUGCUCAAUUGGGUAGCUUAAGCUUAGCAAAAUGGGUUGAUGGUUUUAUUUAUGCAAACAAAAUGGAGGUGGGGCGAGCUCAAAUGAUUGCCAGUUUGAUCGAUAUGCACUCCAAAUGCGGAAAUCUAGAGAGAGCAUAUGAAAUUUUCGGAGGGCUCCUAGAGAGAGAAUUGGUGUGUUAUAGUUCUAUGAUACAUGGGCUCUCUAUACAUGGGCAUGGCCAAAAAGCCAUCAAACUCUUCUCUCAGAUGCUCAAUGAAGGGAUUAAGCCUGAUGGUGUGGUUUUCAUAGUGGCAUUAUCAGCUUGUAGUAGAGAAGGGAUGGUUGACCAAGGGCGCCGGUUUUUCAAGCAAAUGUCAGAGAAAUACCAGAUUUUCCCUUCUAGUGAUCAUUAUGCUAUCAUGGUGGACCUUUUUGGUCGAGCUGGUAGGCUCGAAGAGGCUUAUGAGCUCAUGAAAACGAUGCCUAUUCAGCCCAAUGUGGGUGCAUGGGGUGCAUUAUUAGGUGCAUGUCGGCUCCAGGGUCACAUAGAGUUGGGUGAGAUGGUGGCCAAGAGGCUUUUUGAUAUCGAGCCUCACAAUGGUGGGAAUUAUGUGUUGCUUUCAAAUAUAUAUGCAGCGGCAAAUCGGUGGGCUGAUGUUUGGUGUGUGAGGGAGAUGAUGAGAGAGAGAGGGGUGAGAAAGAUCCCUGGCUGUAGUUGGCUAUAGUGUUGAGUUUCAUCAUAUAUUGUGAGGUUGAUCAAAAGAAGAGAGAGGAGGAAACAAAACAUGUGGUGGCUUUGAAUGUGUAGUGGGAUUGAUUGUGUAAAGAGAGAGAGAUCAUGGGGUGCAGCCGGAUGUAAAUAAUGGUUAAUGAGAGAGAGAGAGAGAGAUUUGAACUUCUAUAGUAGCUCAGAGUGUGCCGGAAGCGCUGAGAGUAGUAAGUUUGGCCUUGGAUUCAGAUGGCGGGCCAUAUUUAAAAUGGUACAGGCUUGCCAGCAUCUGAGCCGUCCAUUCAAACUUCGUAAAAUGGAUGGCCUGUAUUAAACUAGGGGACAAUAUCUUACCAAUUAGGUGAAGUUAAACUUGAACCACUCAUCCUUUUUGUGAACGAAAAAGAUCUUUUGUAUAUUUUCAACCUCUUCGUCCCUUGAUUAAGAGCUCAAUGGCCACAAAUCCGCUUGAGGUUCGCAAACUUAUCCAACAGAGAAACCAUGGAAGACUUCUUGGAUUGUUUUGGUAAUGGGGGUAAGGCUGGAUCUCCUUGCUCUUCACCAAUCUGGACCCUUUAUGGACUUUGAACACCACCACUCUGAUCCUUCACUCCCAACCUGUCAGAGACUAUGAGACCACCAUCCCCAACUUCUUCGAGUUCCGUGAGACCAAGCACAGUGACUAUUGUCCAUGCCAUGACACCGUGAGAGAGAAGAAAUUUGACACCCAUAUGCUAUUUUUCAGUGACUAUUCACAUCAAAUGAGUAUUAUUGGUUUUAGUUUGGAGUUUAUCAUAUUGGUUCUUUGCUCUUCAACUUCUGGGAUUUGCUUUUUUGAGUCAUUCAAACAAUGACUUCAGCAAAGUGUUAACGAAACAAAGAGAUAAAAAUACUGAAAAAGCAGCAAAUGAAUGCAACUUCUCAUGAAAAAUUGGUCAUAAGGCCAUUUAUUAGAUAAGAUUGAUGAGUAAACAGAAGCUCACCUUGUGUUUUUCUUCUCUUCUUUCAAUUUGAACCCAAUAACCAAAGCAAUGAGUAAAACCUUUGAUGCAGUAGCAAAUGCUACCACAAUAAUGAUUUGAAUUGCUCGAUAAAAGGUUAGGGUUUUUAUCAACAUGUCAAGUUCAAAUGACCCACAGAAUCAGAUGAAAUGGGACCGAAGUGAAAUAUAUUAGGAAUGUGACAAGUGUUAUGCUUGCAUUUUUAUCCAGCAAUGUCCUUGGAACUUCUCAACUUUGAUUGUUUCUUUCGUCGUCUUUUUUUUCUUAUUCAUUCUUAUAAACCGGCCAAAUAAAGAUUAUACUUUUGUUUUGUGGUAAAUUGUUCUCUGUAGGGAAAAAUAAUUUCGUUGUUUAUGAUAAACAGUUCUCCGUAGAAUUCUUGCCCCUCAUCCCUCCCUUCAAGCUUUCUUCUUUGCAAUCCAGGAUGGGUCCACACACAUCAUUAAGUACGGUGAAUGAGAAUAUGGGAGGCAAGACAAACUUACAAUGGACACAGUCAGAAGAGGGCUACUUCAUUGAACUUAUGGAGAAGGAGACCGGGGUUGCGGGGAACGGGGGUUUAGAAGAGUAAAUGUCAUCGGUGUUAGGAUGAUGCUUGUAAUUUCUUCCAAUGGUGUGAUAAGUAUGUAGCAGAUGUCAACAACAUGGCAAAUUUGAGAUGCCGACAUACACCACAGUGGAGUUACCCAUAGAAUCACAAGAACAACACCAAAUAAAUAAUGAAUUGAUAGCAGUACAACAAGCUGGCAUUGUUGACUUGACCUAAUUACGAGAUAUUUUGUAUUUCCUAUAUAUAACUAAUGUUCUUCUUGUAUUUGUCUUUUUCAUUGUCAUGCAACAUCUGAGGUGAACCUGUAAAAGAAUAAUGCAUGAAAAAUCAACAACUUUUAUGGACACUAUUUUGUUCUAAUUAGAACUUGUUCUACAUUUGAUAUGGA